GGAACACUAAAUUGUUAAACUCCCAUGGAUCCUUCUGAGAAUGUAUUCAAAUACGAAACUGCCUACGAUCUUCUGGUACGUCUUGGAGCAGAAAGACUGUUUUUGAGAACAUGCCUUUCAAUUCUGGAUCCGGUUCUAGAACUUCAUCCAGGAAAAUGCUACGAAAUUGAUGGCGAUUUAGGAGUUGGUAAAACACAGAUAUGCUACUCAUUUGCGGCGAAAUUUCUUCAAACCAAAAAAACUGCAAAAAUGGGCUGGAUCGGUGCGACUCCUCUACGAACGGAUCACCUUCUUUUACAUAUUGAACAUUUUGGAAAUCAAACAAACGAAGAUAUUCUCGACAGAAUCGUGUGCAAAAGAGUAGAGAAAAUUGCGGAGCUUCAGGAUUCUUUAACUCGAUUUUUGGAUACAAUAAAUCUACAAUUGGUGAUUGUUGAAAACAUUGACGCUAUUCUCCAUGAUACUGUUUAUCAUAAGGAAAUGGGAAGAUCAAUGCAAUCUGAUGUUGUCGAGAGAAUCAGAAAAUUGACGAAAUUAGAGAUUACUGUGAUUUUGACAAAUCACAUUACACACUGGCGUGGGUACCCGGCACCGGCUCUCGGAGCAUUCUGGUCAUCACAAAUCAACAAUCGAUUUUUCAUAGAGAAGCGAAACGACGACUCAGAUAUCAGAAUUGUUUCUGCAAUGAAGGGUGAACAAGAUGACGGAAUGAAUCGAAUCGAGUUCAAGAUAGGUGAUCGAGGACUCAAAGCAGUGGAAUGACGGAUCCAUUUUAUCCACGAGCAACGAAUGUUUUUCUUCUAAUUUUCUCCGUCCAUCAUCUAUAGUCUCGUAUUGUGUUUGAAUCCAUGGAGACGGCUGAACGAAUAAGUGCUGCGGCAUCUGCAGCAAGCUCGAGACGUGCCAAAAGAUUGGCUCAACAAGCUCAUAAGACUCAUCCUGUCAUUCAAGCCAAACAAAAUCAG